CCGGCCGCAGCCUGACACCGUGAGCGUCUCUCGUCUUCCUGAGUCGCGGGUCACUGAGUGUUAGUGUGUGUUAGUGUGUGUUAGUGUGUGUUAGUGAGUGUUAGUGAGUGUUAGUGUGUGUUAGUGAGUGUUAGUGAGUGUUAGUGAGUGUUAGUGUGUGUUAGUGUGUGUUAGUGUGUGUUAGUGAGUGUUAGUGAGUGUUAGUGAGUGUUAGUGAGUGUUAGUGUGUGUUAGUGAGUGUUAGUGAGUGUUAGUGAGUGUUAGUGUGUGUUAGUGAGUGUUAGUGAGUGUUAGUGACACCUUCAACAUGGGGCUGACGAUCUCCUCCCUGUUCGGGAGACUGUUCGGGAAGAAACAGAUGAGGAUCCUGAUGGUGGGUCUGGAUGCUGCAGGUAAAACCACCAUAUUGUACAAACUAAAACUCGGAGAAAUCGUCACUACAAUCCCAACUAUUGGUUUUAAUGUGGAGACUGUGGAGUACAGGAACAUCUGCUUCACCGUGUGGGAUGUUGGUGGUCAGGAUAAAAUCCGUCCUCUGUGGAGACAUUACUUCCAGAACACUCAGGGUCUGAUCUUCGUGGUGGACAGUAAUGACAGAGAGAGAGUGGCUGAGUCUGCUGAUGAACUCUCCAAAAUGCUGCAAGAAGAUGAGCUGAGAGACGCUGUGCUGCUGGUGUUUGCUAACAAACAGGAUCUGCCCAACGCCAUGCCGGUCAGCGAGCUCACAGAUAAACUGGGCCUGCAGAGUUUGCGCAGCCGAACGUGGUACGUUCAGGCCACAUGCGCUACACAAGGUACUGGACUCUAUGAAGGACUGGACUGGUUAUCCAACGAGCUGUCUAAACGCUAGUGCUGUCCAUCACCCCUCAUACAGCGAGAAGGGGUGUGUGUGUGUGUGUGUGUGUGUGUGUGUGUGUGUGUGUGUGUGUGUGUGUGUG